UUUUUUAAACAAUGGCAUUUUUUCUCUCUCAGCACGAACUUAUCUGUAUGAACUGUUGUUAUAAUGAUACUGUACAAAAACCCAUUACAUAACCACAUUAAGCCAAAGGAAUAAUAAUAAUGAAAAAAACCCAUAAACAGUAAUAAAGCAUUAUUCGUCCAAAGAGUAUGAGUGCCCUGCCCUCUAGUGCAGAAAAUAGUUCCUAGUUUGAGUAGUGAAUACUGUAGUCCUUCAUAGUUACUGUUGUGAAAUUAAAAGGAUCAUAUCUCAGUUUUUCCGUGGUCAAUCGGUGCCAAAUAAAGACUGGGAGAGUUUUAAAUCCGUGAUUUUGAUUCAUGGUGAGGGCAGCACUCAAUGUAAAAUACUUCAUUUGUUUCGUUGCUUUAAAGACAACAGGCUUGCGUAAUCAUAGAACGGCAAGCGUGCGUCUGAUUGGCGUAAUGGAGUCAUGUGAUUAUGUUGCGACGUCUCAUUGGUGAAAUGAGUAGCACUACUCUUGGCAAUAGUAGUAAUUUAUUGAGUCUUUUAUUACCUUUUCAUUGCCUCAAAAUACUUUUUGCAUGUGUUUUCCUCUCUUACUUUUAAGCAUUGUGUUAUCUUGUAGUUUUAAAGCAGAUUGCUGAUCUGUUGACCACAUUAAUCACGUAGCAUAUUUAAACCACCCUUAUUUGAUACUACUACGUUUAAGUAUUUUCUUAAUGCAUCUUUAUUAUGUUCUCUGUAUUCAUCUAAACAAAACAAGCAUGGUUGUACUUUGGGUGUCAAAUUUGCCAGUGUAGCACAUUUUGGCAGAACACUUUUUCCCCCUGGUCUCAUCUCAUCCUGUCUUUCCGGUUCAUUUUGCUUUUGCUGCUCGUUUUGUGAAAUAUCGACAGUGCUGUCAUGCUCAUUAAUCAUACUCUGGAAGCCCGGCAGCAUAACCAUGUGACGUCACCGCCCUGCGACGUCAACAACAAUGGCGACCUACUAGUUUAACAAAUUUUACAAAUUGUAUAAAAACGAAAACAUCAAUAGGGCUUUCUGUCAGGGAAUGCGCGGGCAGGCAGGUUGUGUGAACCCAAAAGCAGAGAAACAAAAAUGCAAGGCAGGAGGCAGUGAACUCAAAAAACGUUUUAAUAAUAACUAACAAAAAUCACAAAGUACAAACAAAAGGACUAUGGAUCAACAAAACUUACUUAAACGGAUGGACAGGUACGCGAGGGCUUGGACGGGUCUUGACUUUGGCAAAGACAGACAUAGACAAUAACGCAACAAGGACUGAAAAGAAACUGGGAGCUUAAAUACACACGCAGACAAAGGGUAACGAGUCAAGGAACAGCUGGGUAACACAGGUGGAUGCAGAUUGCAGGAUACACUGGGAGAACACACACAGGUGAAAGCAAUGGGCAAUCACAGGGACAAGUCACACUAGGAGAAACCAACACAAAACCUAACACUUUCAAUAUCAAAUUAUUUUAACUCAUAAUAACAUUUAUCUUUUAAGAACUACAAGUCUUUCUAUCCGUGGAUCCCCUUUAAGUCCUGCGUUUAAAUCUUCCAUUAGUUUUAUCCGGGUAUUCCAGCUUCCUUCCACCUUCCAAAACCUUAAUACCAAACUCUCCUCCAGUGUAAAUGUGUGCAUGAGUGCUUGUUUGUCUUACUCACCUACCGACCAUAGUCAAAUACAGCAUCAAGCAGGGAUGCACAGGUGUAAUGCUAAAAAAAUAUAUCCUGAUUUACUGUGACGAGUGAGAGGCACCCACCUGCUUUUCCUCUGAACUUUGUUUUUCUCAAUGAAACUACUCUAAGGCUCAAUGUACGCUUGUGUAAUGUAUCCAGAAAGAGAUAUGUACAUGUAUUAAGAUGAACGCUUCUUUCUAAAGAUUUAUACCAGUGUGUUCUGGUCUCCUAAUCCCAUCUCUGGCCUCUGUUUGUUAACACUGUCACACUACACCGCCUCAUUCUCGCCAUUGUGGUUGACCAGUGACAUAAAUUGGCAGCAGGGUCACAGUGCACAGUACAGCGGGAAGUAAGAGUGACAUUCCUGACAUGGAACAUUAGUGGUAAGAACACCUCAGGUCUGGAAAGAGAGCAGCCUGCAAAUAGUGAAGGCAGUCAGGGGAUUAGUGGGAUUUAAUCGGAAGGACGGGUUGUAUAGUUGGCGUGUGCACACUACAUAGUGUUUUAGAGAAAGACAGUUUGUAAGAUCAGCUCUUGAUGUAGUUUAUUUUAACCAAGAUACUCUUAUGGAGUCGAGGGGGAUUGAGGAUACAGCGAAAAAUGACAAUUAGACCUACUUAAGGUCUAAGAAUAGGGCAUCUAAUAUCUUUCCAGCCCCUGGCCCUGAGAGGGAGAUGACAAAGGAGGAUGUUUUAGCAUCUGUGGAGGAAGAUGCUACCCAGGGAUGCCUCAUUACAUGCUCUCCCCAUCAACGGCCAGUCAUCCACCAGGUGGCCUCUGCACCAAUGCCUGACGACUGUGAAUUCUCCUUCUUUGACCCCAGCGAGCCACAGUGCAGGGAGGUUCUGGAAGAGCCCAGCACCACAAUACCAGAACUGUUUGCUGUCCUGAGGCAAUGGGUUCCCCAAGUUCAGAAGAACAUUGAUCUGAUUGGCAAUGAGAUCCUAAACAGGGGUUGUGGUGUAAAUGAUCGGGAUGGUCUGACAGACAUGAGUCUUCUUCACUAUUGCUGCAAAGCUGGGGCUCCAGGCAUUGGUGAUGCAGAUACAGCUGCUGGUUUUGCCCGCCAGCUUAUUGCCCUGGGAGCUGAUCCUAACCUCCGCUCCCGAUGGACUAACAUGAGGGCAUUGCAUUACGCUGCCUACUUUGAUGUACCCCAGCUUAUUCGUGUGGUAUUGCAGGCCUCUCAGCCAGGAGAUAUUGAUGCAACGUGUAGUGACUUUGACUUUGGCACCGCUCUGCACAUUGCUGCAUCUAACCUGUGUAUGUCAGCUGUCUCAUGUCUCUUGGAGUUGGGGGCCAAUCCUGCUUUCAAAGACGAUAAAGGGCAGUACCCAGCGGAUGUUGUUCCCGAGCCCCUUGACAUGCCCUUAGAGAUGUCAGAUGCUGCUGCCCUGGCCAAAGAGCUGCAGACUUUACUAAGGGAGGCUUUGCCACAGCCUAGCUCCGUGCAUUUAACAGCGCAAGUCCAGACCCCUCCUGCUCUUUCUGACAAAGCCAGGUUGAAACUUGCCUCAAUAGGAAUCCAGCUUGGUGACCGUGUGAUGAUUGCUGGACAAAAGCAGGUUGGAACCCUUCAAUUCUGUGGAAACACAGAGUUCUCUGGUGGUCUCUGGGCUGGAGUAGUGCUUGACAAACCUGAGGGGAAGAAUAAUGGCUCAGUAGCAGGCGUCCAGUAUUUUACCUGUCAGCUCAAACAUGGUGUAUUUGCUCCGCUUUCAAAGAUAAGCAAACCUUUGGAAAGAUAUAAAAGUGCCAAUAAGAUGUCUACACCUGCACGCCAACGUCACAUUGACUUUUCACCCAUUCCCUCCAAAAGUAGCACAAGGUUAGGUGGUCUUUCCCAGUCGCUCUCCUCUUCAUCUUCCUCGGUGGAAUCUCGUCAUGGACGACGUCCUCGACCUCGACCCCAUCACAGGCAGCGUCUAACUGCCAGGCAACAACAGGAAAAUAUUUCUCAGAGUCCCGCAGCCACUUCUUCCCUCGGCAUCUACUCUUCUGCUGGCAUGGCUAUAAAUGCUACAGCAGGCUAUCGAAGCCAAACUCCUUCAGCUAAGAGCUCUAUGUAUGGAGAAACUGACGUACGCCCGGGGGACAGGGUGCUGGUCGUUGGCCAAAGAACUGGUGUAGUUCAUUUCUAUGGCAAGACAAGUUUUGCUCCAGGGCACUGGUUAGGCAUCGCACUGGAUACACCAAGUGGGAAGAACGAUGGAUCAGUGGGGGGUGUGAGAUACUUCAACUGCUCACCAAGACAUGGUGUAUUUGCUCCUCCAUCUCGUGUUCAACGGAUCCACGGAUCUGUUGAUUGCCUCUCAGAGCUCUCUUCGUCACAUCUCAAUCAUACAUCAAUCAGCGGGGUGAUUCGUCGCAGUUUCAGCACAUCAUCUGCCAUUGCUCCACCUAAAGAGAAGAACAGAAGAAGCCCUGUGCCCAGGAGUCGAUCCAACCCUCAUCGUCGGCGCUGGAGCACAUUGAGCGGAGGCAGCAGCAGCAUCAGCAGCAUGCCCAGAAGUACCGCUGGGACUGUCUACAGGUCUGACAACCAGGUCCGCCUCCACGAGGGCAUGCAGGUCCUGUUGAACAGUGCCAAUGAAAUGGCCUCCAUCCGUUACAUGGGCACAACUGACUUUGCCCCAGGCCUUUGGCUGGGUCUGGAGCUGCGAGGCCCUAAGGGAAAGAACGAUGGUUCUGUAGGCGGCCGUCGCUACUUCACCUGCCGCCCAGGUCACGGUGUGCUUGUUCGACCUAGCCGUGUUACCUACCGUGGGAUUAACGGUUCCCGGUUGGUGGAUGAAAACAGUUGAGAAAUGGAACUCUCCCAGAAGGUACAAUAAAAAAGCGAAAUAUCAAAUGUACUGUCCAACAUUUCUAAAGCAUUUAUCAUCUGCAAUACCUUUUGUAAGAUACAUUACUUUUUAAAAAGAAUGCUUUGACAGCCCAAACCGAACUAGUACCGUAUUGGCCCGCAUAUAAGACCGCCCUGAUUAUAAGACGACCCCCUCUUUUUCAAGACUCAAGUUUGAAAAAGACUUUUUGAACACCAAAUAAAUUUUUAUUCAGCGAAUAAUUACAGUACAUCCGAAACAAAUGAUUAUAACAAUAUAUUUGAGAGAAAAAAGCAUGUUAUUUUGCCUCAUUCAAAUCAUAAUAUCUAAACAUUUAAAUAUGUAAACCACAGUGCAAUCACAUUCGUAAAUUAAUGGCUUCUGGUUUUUGAAAUGUAAAUAAACCAAUCUAUUGUGAUAAAACAACUAAAUUGCAAUAACUGCAUUAAGUGAAGUCUGACUGUAAUUGUAGUCUUGAAACAAAUCUGAAUAAUGAAAAACAUUGCAAUAAAAUAAUGCAAACUGGUUAAACUAAAAAGAGUAGCUGAGAUUUGUCAUGAUAGAACAUCACUUCAAUGAUAUCUGGCGCCAUCUAGCAUCGUGAAUGAGGAGAGUAGCUGAGAUCUGUCAUGACAGAACAUCGCUUCAAUGAUAUCUGGCGCCAUCUAGCGUCGUGAAUGGGGAUAAUGUCUAGACCGCGAAUAUGAGACGACCCCCCCCUCUCUUUUUCAGUGUUAUUUCAAUGCAAAAAACAGUGUCUUAUAUUCGGGCCAAUACGGUAAUUGUUUAGGAGAUUAAAUUAAUGCACUUUAUUGAAUUUGCUUGGAAUUCGCAUUUAAUUAAUUCCAUUUAAUUCCCAGGGGAACUGGUGGGAGGGAUUUUAUAAGACAUGAAGCCUUGCACUAUUUAUAAUCUGAUUGCGCUGUUAGACAUUAUUUUCAUCGAUUUACAUAAAGACUGCACGGUGUAUUGUGUUCUGGUGUGCAGCCUUUGUUUGUGAUCCUAUUGUAUUCUAUAAUAGCUGUUUGAAUCCCACAUUUUAACAGGAAAAUAUACAAGAUUUAAAUGAGAAAAUGAACUUCUAGAUGCAGGCAGACCAUCCUAUAUACAGUACAUGCUUAGGAUCUUGUUGGUUAAAGUUUUUUAUCGCAUUAAACCUGUUGCAGACAAUGCGACUUUCUUCUAAGUAUUAUAACAUAGUUCAGUAUAUACAGCAUACUACAAAUACUAUAGUUAUAAUUUCAUUUACAUAUAUACUGUAUCUGAUGGCAGAGAACUUUUACAUUGAAAAUGUAUUUCUGCAUACAUUCAGCUGGUCACCGCUAACAUUACAGUAUGUACUAUAUAUCUGGAAUGUACACACCUUUUUUUUUUUAAUUUCUUGCCUAUUUCCAACUUUGUUAUGAUAAUAUAGCUCCAGUGGCGCAUCUUCUAGAAGCACUCCAUUUUUUUGCAUUAAAAAAAAAAAAAAAUCUAUAAUAUUUGGCACCUUAAAAUGUUGUUUCCAGACAUGACAGUUUUUUCAUUGUUUUGAGUAUAUUAUACGCGAGGGUCAAUCACCUGAUGUGAUAUGAAGCUGGGAAUUCAGCAACUAGUUGUUUCAUGUGUAUCAAUUUAUUUCAUUUCCUUUGUCUAAAGAUAAUAGUAGAAUUUAAUGCAUGUAUUUUAGCACAAAGCAUUCAUAUGUUAAAAAAGGCAGCAUGAGGCAUAGUUGUAGUUGACUUUUAAUUAGAGCAGCUCAAGUGGAGAAAUACAAUCAUCCUUAAGUUCUAAAGUUGAUCUGGGAAGUAUAACCCUAUUGAUUGGUUAUCAGCCUUAAUUCAAGGAUAAACAUUAGACUUUCAUUUAUUUUAGAUUCAUUACACACAACUGAAGUAGUUCAAGCCUUUUAUUGUUUUAAUAUUGAUGAUUUUGGCAAAAAAGUCAACAAAAACCAAAAAUCCCUAUCUCAAAAAAUUAGCAUAUAAUGAAAAGGUACUCUAAAGAAGCUGCUAACCUAAUCAUCUGA